AUGUGCAGGUUUUUGAUUGUCUACACGACUGUUGCAGUUCUUGGGGUGCUGAUCAGUUCUACUGAUGGAUGGGGCAGGAUCCGAGUACCAAGAAUUAGAAUACCGCCCAUUAGAAUAAGAAUUCCCACCAAUCCUAAAACUCCAGCUCCGGUCACUCAGGCUCCGACAACAAAGGCGCCUAUCACAACACAGCCACCGACACAGCCGCCGACCACAACACAGCCACCGACACAGCCGCCGACGCAGCCACCGACAACGAGUGCUCCUGUUGCUGUUGUUCCGACGACAAUUGAUCCCGAGUUAAUUGAUGAAUGUGAAGACGCUUAAAAAUUUGUUGUUUAUCAUUUUAAAUAUCAAUAAAUUUCUGUACUCGACAAUAAUAAACGGAAAUAACUCUAUGAAAAAGAUUGGUGACAAAAUGCUGCUUCUUGCACUCUUAAUAGAUAACCAUGACAGACAACCGAAUAAAAAUUACAUCAAUUUUAUCAUCAUCCUCAGAAUGAUUUUGAUAAAUUUAAAACCUCUUAAAUCUCUUGAAAGAGGAUUAAAACCAGGAAAUAUCAAUACCCUAGAGAAGUAAACACAAAACAUGAGAAAAAAGGGAGAAUUUACACUCAAAAGAUUACAACAAAGCUAACCCAGAAGAUUAGUUCAUAAACAAGAUCUGAAAUAAGUCAGCGAAUGGCCACACUUAAUUUCAGAUUAUGUAAGGUAUGUUUUUUAACAGAAAGGUUUCAUUACCCACCGCCGCCAGACGGAUUUCUCUCUCCUUUUUCUUCUUCUCGUUUUUUUUCCCGUUAUUUUUCUUGCCUCCGGCUCAUGAAUCUCCCGUGAUCUCCUAACAUCUCGCGUGGCUUCCUUUUCAAUAAUUUCUUAAUAAGUAUUCCUUUCUUUGUUUGUUAAUAGAACAUCCGUUCGUAUAUUUCUGUUUUUUCAUUUGUUUAAACAAUGACAUGGUUUAAACAAAUGGUUACUUUACCAUGGAAGGUGGUCUCCAGAAACUUUCGCAAACUUGUGUCAAUGAACUGAAAGCCCUUGCCUUGUUUACCCAUAACAUAAUGUGUACCUUAAGAGAAUGCGUGUCAUUUGCAUAUGACAAUAAAAUUCAAAACUGGAAAUAAUGAAAUUAAAUUAGAUAAUUUCGUGGUCAAGUUCAUAAGUAUUCUUUUUUUGACUGCAGAGGUUUUCAGUUUAACAGCUGCUUUUGCAAAGGUACGUAAAAACGGGUUUUUAAAAUCCCUUCCGGCAUCUUCCUGAGAACAUGGAGCUAAACAUUGGGUACAAACGAAUUAAAUUUGUCCCAAAUGACCCAGAAUCCCUGCACUGUGGUAAGUGACUUAAGCCGCCGUGUCCUCUACCGAUGCUGCACUCAAAACAAUCAAGUCAGUUCCCGCUGGACUGGGUAUGAUGAAAGACAGGCACCCUGGUGGCUAAGCAACACUUUGAAAACCAUUAGAGUUAAGAUUGGCUGAUGCUUUUCCCCCAGUCUCGGGUGUAAAUAGACGCAGAAAAAUUGCCAAGGAAAUUGAGAAAGUGCUACGGGUUCAUUUGAGUAUAGCAUCUGGGAGAACGAGGUAUACUCCGCGCUUCUGCUCUACGCGGCAGAAACAGGAAAACAUUAGGCCAUAAAUGGACCACACUGCUCGUAGGACGCUUACAAGAAUCGAACUAAACGAGUUAUGUUAUAACCCCGUGCAAAACCGUAUGCAUUUUACGCGGUUUUCAAUGAAGCUCGUCAGAGAAAAGGCACAUCACUCUUCAAACUUUUCUAGUCAUUAUUCAAUUUUUCUGAUUCGUACGGGUGUAGAGUUGACGAGACAAAUUAGGAGAGCUGAAAAAUAACUCUACUAGCAAGAAAUACGUGUGUUGAAACGGAAUAAAAAAUUGAGUUCUAUAAAGCAAUUAAAGAGCGAUAUAUGCAACAACGAAGGUAUUUAGAAAGCUAAGAUGACGCAAUAUGCUAGUUAAAAAAAUCGGAAGCAGCGCCUUAAGUGAUCUUAGAAUUUGUGGAAUGAGACACUUUUUUAAUCAAUUUGUUACAGCUAAUAAGUUGUGAUAAGCACCUGACAGGUGUUUGCCUAAUUCAAAAACAGAUUGUCAAUAUAUGACAAAGAUUAGCGGACCUCUUGGGCCGAGGAUGAAAAAGAAAUACAAGAGAUCCUGUAGGAAGGCACACUAAAGGGGUCAUUGUCCUUCAAAUGUUCUCUCACCUUCAGCGCCUUUUCCGAUCCUUUUUAUUCCUUUCGUCUUUCUACAUUAGCAUCGUUAUUUCAAGCACUGCUCGGCUCUUUGAACACUUCAUGUUCACAUUACUUAAACGAAUCAAGUAUAUUAACUUAAACGUAUCGCGAUUUUCAUGCAGAUUAGACGGUUGCUGUCAUGGCUUGUUCUAUUUCCUUAGUUCUCGUCGUGGCUGGAUUCCUAUCGAUCCUGCUGGCUUCUGCAGAGACAUCAGCUAAAGACGAAGGCAAAUCAAAAUUCAAGCGGAUAGUUUGCAACAACAACAACAAUAACAACAAUAAUAAUAACAACAACAACAACAAUAACAACAACAACAACAAUAACAACAAUUGGGGAUUGGUAAAACGUGUGGUUUGUAACAACAAUAACAACAACAAUAACAAUAACAAUAACAACAAUAACAAUAACAAUAACAACAAUAACAAUAAUAACAACAACAAUGGUUAUGGACCGCUUCAGUUCAUUUGCCCGCCAGGUAAUAUUAAACAUACCUCUUUCUUUUCUUUUUGCGAGAAAUCAAACCAGAUUCCCUUAUUUCCUACACCGACUCAAUAAAUGAUUACUUUAUUUCAGUUGAGGAAUCAAACUUUCAGCUCCUACUGACACUCACCCUGAAAUCGAGCCCUUCGCCUUUUCGCUCCCAUGAUCUUAUCAGUACUUCUCCUUACUGUCUGACAUACAAUUCUUAUGAUGUUAGUUCGGAGAAUUUUGUAUUGGAUCAACUAAUAAUCACUUAAAAGAUAUUUUUCUUUAUUUUCAUCAUUUGUGUACUUGAUAUUGGAAGCACUUUGUGAGGAGAAAUUCUGUCUUGGUCAUUCAUGGGAGUUAAAGGGUUAAAUCGGAGUCAUGUUUGAUUAAAUCACGGCGGUGUCCAUCACCUGACAAAUAAUACCUGCUUCAUUCAGUCACAAUAUUCGGAUCAUUUAAAUACAUUUUCCAGGAAAGUCCAUCAGUGUGAUCACAGCCUCGUACAAUCCAGCAAGUGGUGAUAGACUUUGGGCAUUUGAGUGCAGGGACAAUAGAGCGUGCAAGAUCACAGAGUGGCCGAGUUAUGUCACUUCUUUUCAAGUAUCUUUUGAGUAUGAGUGUCCUUACAAUGGUUUCAUAACGGGUACGAGAGAAUUUUUAGUUCAAGCGCAAUUUUCAGAGUGGUGAAAGUAGUUUGCCAUGGUUCUGCCCUUACGAAACUCUCUGAUUGGUCCAGAAAACUCCCGCCACGUUCUCAACCAAUCAGAGUACAAAAUUGUCUCCGAUCGUCGCAUUAAAUAAGUAUGCUGAGGUGAUUAUAUGGCCAUAAAGGGAAAUACAAAUGCUUUUUGUCUCAGUUUUACUGAUGAAUCCCUUCAUUUUCGUUUUCAAUAUUACUCGCCGGUAAAUCCCACUUCGAUGCCCAGUCACGAUCUGUUCCCAAACAAAGCACUACCAGUUUGUCUGACCAGGAUCGCCUUUAAUUUCAUUUCUCAAAACCGCAGUUCAUAUACAUGAUUUUAAUAUAUUUACAAUGAUUGAUUCAUCACUUCAUGAGUUUAUUAAGAACUUAGAUAACUGUUAGCUCAGUUGGUAGAGCACUGCACUAGUAUCGCACAGAUCAAGGGUUUAAAUUCCGUACAGGCCUGAUUUUUUUCAGGCGUUCUUUUCGUUGCUGCCUAAUUACUGUUUAUUGCUGCCAAGGUCACUUUCAAUUUAAUUUCUUGUUCGUUUUGUUUGCCUGUUAUUACAAUCUUGAUGCGUUUCUCAUUUACUUUUAAGGUAUUAGCAGCAUUUACAAUAACAUUUACAAGGACCGCCGCUUCAAAUUCCAGUGCUCUCAUAACCCAAACUACACAAAAAAGAAAUGCAAGUGGAGUGGGUAUUUGAACGACCCUUACGGAAUUUUGGUGUUUCGGAGCAAAAGAAGAUUUUAUUUGUCAGGAAUCAAAAGUGAUUACCAUUUCAAGUAAGUGAAAAGCUCUUAGCUAUUUGAAACAGAAUUAAGUGAAAGCUCAAAUAGGGAAAGACAAAUGAGGGUUAGUUUCGAUCAUGCUAAGGAAAAAAUAUUCCCAUCGGACGUUUGACUUGAAAAACUCAAAUCUCUCCAAUAUACGCCCCUUUGAAACAAGACAGAGCAUUUUAAAGGAGGGGUAGAGACCAUGGGGGGGGGGGAGGGGAUGCAAUAUGACCCGUUUUCCAGUAAUUAUAAACCGCAGCGUCUGAUGCCAGUGUGUUAGUUGUCUGAUGUUACUGUUUUAAACUAUUUUGCAUCUUCAGUUAUCGCCGCUGGAAGGUGAAAAGUUGCACACUGAAAUACAAGAAGUCUAAGAAGAACUAGUAGGCCAUGGAAAGCCGGUCCAGUAAACACACCAGUGAAUCAUGAAAAGCUCAGGAAUCAUUACUUUACAUGUGAACAAAACAGCUUGCAAAAAGUAACGUUUUUCUGAUCCACUCACGGUGGAUCAGAAAAACCUGACUUUUAGUUGAUUACAUCUUGAAAACUACAUUAAAGAAUAGAGUGGUAAUUUUGAAAAACACAGAGAAAAUACCGUUGUAGACCUUGAGUUACAGAACACAAGCGUAGUAUUUCUAUUAAAUAUCAUUUGUAAUCAACGAGGCUUUUUUUAGAUCCAUUUGUGGUUGUAACUAAAAGAACUUAACAAAAAGUCGUCAAUGGAGGCUAAACACUACAGUUCAUACUUAAGUUAUAGACCUUAAAUUCUCACCAGUUCGAUCUAUCAUUUCCACAUUUACUGUUCUUAUCAGAACAAUUAUAAAUUAUAUCCUGUCUCAAUGACAAAAAGUUUUCCGUUACACACGCACUCGAUCAAGAGUCGUGCUUCGAGCCUUUUUAAUCCGCUCUCUCUGUACUUUUCAUUUGUUAUUAGAUGAAAAUGAGACCUUUUCAAAGUAAAAGAGUUAUUUGAGCUCGCACUAGGAAAAAAAAGAGAGAAGAAAAACUUAAAGAAGAUCUUAUGUAGAUCUAGAUGAACUGGUAAGUAAUUGCAAUGUUCUGCCUUGGUUAUCCGUAAUUAAGUCUUCUAUCUUUUGUAUGUACAUGUAUUUCUCAGUAUGUCCGUGAUAGCGUGUCGGAUGUCUCUCAUUCUCCAGCAAUAAAUAACAGGAUUUAGGCAAGAAUUUAUAAACAUUAGUGUUCGAGACAAAAGAAACAGUUCCUGCCAAAUUUGGCUGUUCGUAAAGGCUGCCUUCUUGAAGAAAAUCCCGGUAAUAAGACUACAAAAGAAUGGCAAAUAACAAACUAAAAACACAAAAUUUACAUAAAAUGAGCUUACUGAGGAUUUCCUCAGCCUAGAGGCAUUUGCCAGUUCAUCACUCAGUGUUUGAUUUAACAGUGAAGCUUGAAUCUGCUUUGUAUGGACUCUUACUGCAAAGUAAAGUCUGCAGCUGAUAACAGUCAAGAAAAUUAGGCAAAGACUCCAGACGAUGAUUAUGAUGUUCAUAAACGGGUUCAAAUUUUCAGUGACCAAAUAACAAAUGGAUGAAAGGAGAGCACUCAACACCCAUGUUAAGAUUGCCAGACGAAGAACGCGCUUGUAAGUCACAAGUUCCCGAUAUCUGAGAUGAAGAUGAACUGCUAGAAAUCGGUCCACGCUCAGGGCCAUGAUACCGAGGAACGAAGCGUUGGCCAGUGCAGAUUGGAUGAUCCAUAACACUUCGGUAUCCUUUUUCCUCAAAAUGUUUACAAUCCAUAAUGGUUGAGCGACUAAACCAACAGCAAGAUCAGAAAGGGCAAGACUCAACAGUAAUAUUUUCAAAGGAUUUGGUAAAGAGGAAGUUUUCUUUAUAGCUUUUAUCGUUAUGCUAUUGAAAACGAUAGCUGUAAAUGCAGAAAAGACGUUCAAGACGACGUUCGCGAUGAGCCCUGAAGUGGAUGGCACCUCAAUAUUUAUCAUUCUUCACUGAGUUAUAGAUAAUUUUCUGGACUUCAAGUGAUCGUUUGUAUGAAAAGUUCCGCGGUUAACUGCCGGUCUCCCUGCCGAUCUCAAACUAAAUAAACUAAUCUUAGCACAUAAGCAGCUGGUUGAAACGCUUUCUUAAUUAAUCCGUUUUUAAUACACAAUGAGGUAAGGCAUUCAGUUGUGAACAUCAUCUGUUUUCUUCAGACGUCACAAAAUUAAUUGCGUGAGUGCUUGCACUCUACGUAUUACAGGUAAUAAUUCACGAGACUUUCUAAGUUAGGGAUGUGAUAUACCAGACAUUUGGCAUAUAAACUGACUUUUGAAACAAAUUUUAAUUUUCAAUUAUUUUACUAAAGCUGGCAGCUUGUCAUUAUUAUGUAAUGCCGAGAGCUUAUAUUAUUGAAUAAUAAUGUCUUGAUAUUACUCGAUGUGAUUCCAAUCUUUCCUUUUGUGAUAUCAUCCCCCGUGUUACAAGUCUUCAUUUUCAUCAUAGAUUGGCCGCGAGAAUAAAACAAGGUAAAAAUAAACGAAAAGGAGAAAAAAGGUGGUCAUUGAUAUAUUUACAUACAAAAAGAUGUUGUUAAAAAAGUGAAAACAUAAAAACAAAACAAAAAGAAGGAAUUUCUCGUGUAUUGUGGAUCAGAUUAAAGCCGAAUAUUAAAAAUAAAGAGGUUCUUUUUGCUUCCAAACGCAGACUGGUCAAAUACAUUAAAACUUAAGACUAAGGAAGUUUUACCAGUCGUCAAAACACGGAUGAUGCUGUCGAUCAUGAAAGUCGUAAUUAGAAUAAGCCAGAUGAGUCAUAUUUCCCAAUUACAUUCUCAUAUAAUUUACAUAAAAGCCGCUUGUCAUUUAGUUGGGUAAUUUUAUUUUAAUUUGUUCUGCUGUUAGUAUAGGUACUGAUAUGAAUUCAAAAGCAAUUUGGUUUAAAUAGGCACCGGUAAAUUUUUCAAGCACAACAAAACUGCAUGGGCUGUUUAUUUACACCAAAUUGCACUCAAUUCAUGUUAUUACUAAUUAAUAAUUUACAUAGAAAAAGAUCACAAAUUCAAGACAGACAUUUGUAAUUUGGACUCGCGCUACAACUUUGCACUCGUGUUACUUUAAAAAUGUGCUCGUUUCAGCCAAGCAGAAGCGCGUUAUUCUUUCAUGUGUAUUAUCAGGAUGAAAAUUGAAAGGAUUAAUGUCAGUCUCUGUGUAACUGGGCACCUACCCCUCCCCUAACCCAACAAUAGUCAACUAUUAAUAAGUCAGGGUCAAUGUUGGGUUGGGGGAGGGGUAGGUGAACAACUCUUUAUUGCGCUUUAUGGACAACUCCUCAUAAGUUGACAAAUAUCUAUGGAAAUCCUCUUUCUCUUCUUUCAGUGACAAAAUUUUUCCUACUACACACUCAUCCGAUUUGACUUCUUUUUGGUAUCAGGACUGAGCAUAGUUUCAUUAAACUAAAUACCAAUGCAAUCAUCAGUAAUGACCAAUCAGGGGAGUGGGAAAUGUCAAUGAAAGCUCAUUAACCGUAGCAUCUAGUUUCUCCUUACAAUGUCACUCAUGAAUCACAUAUUAAGCCUUGGAAGUUCCUGAUUUUCAAACAAAUUCUCCUUGCUAACACCUUAGGGAAUGUAUGAAGGACAGUAUGGAGAAUAUGCAUACUGAUGUUAAGCUUUUUGAUUAAGCAAGAGAAUUACACUCCCUUGUAAGAGGCCGUUUGCCUUUCAUGCUAUUCAGGUGUUAAUUAAUGUUAAGGUGUAAUUAAAGGUUCAGUAGUAGAAACAAAAAAAACUACCUGAAUAGCAUGAAAGGCAAACGGCCUCUUACAAGGGAGUGUAAUUAAUUAAUGUAAUUCUCUUGCUUAUUCAAAAAGCGAAUUAAUCAAGAACUGCAAGAACCAAGUUGCAGUAGAUUUUUCAGAUUUCUCUUUUUCUAACACAUAUUUGUCGGCACGUUUAUCUUUAUUUUUUUCAAUUCAAUUGAAAGGUAACUGAAAAAUUUCGAAAAAAUUUUUUAAAAAGUUUUCAUAAAAAGAAAACACUUUCGAGUGAAAAUCCAUUGGUUAAACAAGUGACCCCAAGGCCUGGCACUUUUAAAAGAGAAAAGUAAUUAUAAGGUAUAUAGCGCGUGUUUGCUUAAUAAACAUUUCAAAUCAAUAUUUGUACCAUAGAGAUACGUAAACUAUUACACAAUUACGUAGGCGGUCGCCGCAAUCUUCUGAUCUGGUGAAGCCUGGAUCUGUCGCUAAGUCAGAUUUAUAAAGGAUCUCGAACAUCGCAGUUUCGUACACUGCUUCGGUAUCUAGUUGAGAAAGGUAAGUUUAAACCUCUGAAAGGCUCUGAUCACUUUUCACCUUUACCAAUUUCUAUCUGGUGGUGCAGCUCCGUCGUUUUUCGCCAACACUCGAGAAGAGUUUACUGCACUUCUGUGUUUCCAUCAGUAAGGUGUGUCACCUCAGUUUUAAGUUGCUCUCGACUUCUAUCUUUUUUGAGCGGAUGUGGAGCGGAAAUAACCCACUCAAGCAGUUAAUCUUGAGAUGACGUAAAAAAUCCUAAAAGAAAAGAGAGAUCGUAUUUUAAACUCUGCCCUCUUACAUUCAUUCCUCUGUCCCCUGGGGGUGCAACAGUUCUGUCUGAUGCGCGCGGUGUGUUCUUGGCAUCCAGAAUGGUUUAUUGGCGGCUUUAUCUCGUUCAUUUUGCGUGGAGUCUUAAAUUUUGCGAUUGAGGGCACCCCAGAAAUGAUAAAUUCACCGUCUUCUCCUGUCGAGGGAUCAAAAUUUAGGAUUUAAAGGGAAAAUAAAUAAUUGAAAUUCCUCAACACUUACAAGCAUCUAACACUAUUUUCAUGAAUGUAUAGUCCUAAAUCUAGAUUCCAUUCUAAGACGUGUUGUAAUUCGUUUCUCCACUAAGGUAAAUUGCAAAAAAUUCAGGUAACACAAAGCUAUAAAUCAUUUCAAAUUUUUGUCUUUCCAAGUAUUUAAUUCUUGAACUUCUACUCAUUAUAAAAUGUUUGAGUAAACUUAAGUUUGUCAGAGACAGGCUGGAAAGCCACUCUGUCUCGAAGAGUUCAAAACUCCCUUUCUACGUUAUAUCUUAUGCUCAAAAAUGGCCGCGAAUUCAGUUCGUGAUGAAGUCGAACUCUUCAACAUCGGUAUGUUGUUUUUUUUAAUCGUAGCAUACCUUGGUUAAAUAAUAAUUUAAAAAGAGCUCUGCAAAGCUGUGCAUCAGUUUUAAAUAGUUUCACACCGGAGGGAUUUCUAUUCAUGCAGCGUGAAUUUGAGAAAGGAAACAAAAUUAAAUUCUCAGAGAAAUUAGAACAGUGAAGCGGAAACGAUCCAGCUAACCUUCGUAGGAAUGCGCUUAAAUUCCCGUCAGGCAUUUGAAGUUUAAUAUUGCUGCUAUUUAAAUUCAAAUGAACUUUAAAUGGGUUCGGUGUGUUUAUCUUGACUUGACAGAUCACUCUUUAGGUUACUAAUGAAAACUAUCUGCGCGCGUAAGACUAAUGAAAAAUAUGCAAAUAUCGAUAUCCAUGCAUUCAGAGCCCUAUCCACUCACAAACAGCUCGAAAUCUGGGCAAAGUAAAGAUCUGAAAAUGUUUGUCGACGCAGAGUAGCGUCGAACUCGCGCUGAGGGGCGCAGAGCGACAUCGACCGACGUCGAUCUCAAUGUAAAUUCGUUCACUCCCAUGCCUUUAGGGCACUUAGCUCAGCUAAACCUCUGGUGCCAAAACUGAAUGAGAGCAGUGAAAAUUGAAAUCUGCAGUUUUCUUCACUGAUCAGUCAAAUUUACGAUUUUCAGGAUAAAAUCAUGCGCGGAGCUAUUUUGUUAACACUAGUCGUGGUCCUGGGGCUCGUCUGCGUAUGUUGCAAAGGGACUGACGUCAAAAAGAGCCCAGAAGGCUCCUUACUUCUCGACAUAGAUCCUAAGGUUGCCAAUGCCCCUGGAGACGACAAAAAGAAACCUGGACCCGAAAACGAUCCACACGGCUGGAGAUGGAGGUUUAGAUACAGAAAAGGAUAUCGUAGACGUCGGUACCCAUCGCGUCGACCUUACCCGCCGCAUCACACACAUCCACCGCCGCCACCAACACCAGCUACUUCUAUGCCUUGUUCUUCAUCAAGGCCGGACGGUGUCCAGUGGGCAAAUGAGUGGACAAAAUCUCUUGAUUUCGAGUGUCCAAAAGGUAAGGCAUUUACGCAUGCGCAUCAGGGUCAGAUCUAGUCCUUUUGCAGCUGGAAUGUUAAGUAAUCCCUUCUCCAAAAUUACAAGAAAAAUAGCAUGUUUAAAGAACUCCUAUUUUCUUACAGAUCAUGAUCUUUUGCGCGAGAGAUCUAGAUAUAACAGCCGCGAGGGAUUUGGCGAGUGCGAACGCAAGGCGAUAAAAAUAGUGGCAAUAACGAUAACGUAGUAAUAAAAAUGUAAAGAAAAAGAGAAUGAAGAAAGAAAAGUUGUCAACGGAGUACAACGAGGAGCGUUAACGACUGUCCAGGAAGUUUCUGGCUCGCAAAGGAUACGCAAAAACCAUCGCCAGGUGUCGCUGAUUGAAGAUCAUCGAACCAGCUGAAAUUCUUGUUUCCCCUUGCUCAGUUUAUAUUCUGACCAUAAUCAUAUACACGAUAUCUAAUGAUUAAAUAGUAUCUCAUUACUAUCAUUUCGAUAUUUCAGGCCAGACAUUGAUCUACAUGAAGAGCGACUACAGUGAAUGCCAUCAUGACCGUAUCUGGGCGUUCGGUUGUGGGUAUAACGAGGCCUCUUAUGAACACUGCUUCUGGGAACACAAUUUCGCCAAUGACGUAAGAGAUGGAAUCUUUUUUAACUGUCCGAAUCAUGGUUUCGUAGCAGGUAAGGCCGCUUCGUAGACCUCUUGGAAUGGUUGUCGAAAUUUUCUUAUGAAACAUGACAAUUACUGCUCUCACAAACUAGACAGAGUCUUAUAUCGUUACCCAACGUGAAGCGAAACACUUACUACAAAGCAAUAACUCAGCGGGAACGGGGUUGCCUGGGGGAGAAGUUUCAAGGGUGCAAAUGAACGUCGUCUUGUUAAAAGAAAAAUUAUCAUUAUUAUAAUUAUUAACUGUGUAUUAUUUUGGUUUAUUUUUCAUACAUAGGUGUGAAAGCCGAAUAUUUUCCAGUGGGAGAUCGGCGCUAUAAGUUUAAAUGUUGCAAUGACAGAAGAUUUGACCAUGAAGCUUGUCACCAGUCCCCCACACUGAACAAGGCCGGGGAAAACUUAGAGUUUAAGGUCGAUAGAGACAAGCGAGAUUAUAUCACUGGCAUUUCCAGCUGCUUUCACUAUUACAAGAGGUUAGAACACUUACUAAACUAUUAACUGGUUCACACCAUGUGGACCCCAUUUCAAUUGUAAAUAUCACACCUAAACUUAAGUACGUACUCAAAGAAGACGGGAAAAAAAGCGAACUGCCUGAAGCGCGAGAAUACAGAAGCAAGGUGGCCAAUGGUGAAACCCGAAACUCACGAGACACCGAGAUCCCAGUUCGAAAAUACGAGAGCGACUAAACAUUUAAGCCUCAUGACUCCUUUUAAUUGGAUUCCCUAUUUAAGUUCGUUUUGUUGAUACAUCAGCCUCUACAAUGCAUUAUUUUCAAACGGUAACGCUAUCACGACUUUCUUCGCUCCCGACGACAACUCUGGGCUAAUCCAGCCAUCCUUUGACAGAGGUCUGGGAGAAAUAUGAGAACUUGAGAUCCAUGGAAAAGGCUUUCGAGAUUUCGACUAUUCGAAAUCGAAUAAAAAGUUGGUGAGACCCACAAUUUUUCAAGGUACCAUUUGAAGCCCUUGCAAAUCACAAUUGGUUUUCCAUCUGAUUGGUUGAGAGGGUCCUGCAAAUUGUCUCGACCAAUCACACGGAGCAAUAGGGCUAAACCAAUAGAAUCUUAGAUUUUUAUCAGCGGAAAUGGAACUGAAAAUUUAUCGGUGCGUAAGAGUAGCAAUCUAACCGAAUUUCACGUUCCUUUUCUGUCACAGGGACAGGACAUGGAAGAUCGACUACUGCAAGUCAGUGCAAAUGAUUCAACCUGAGAAAAAAGAUGUCAUCGAGAACUGACGGCAAAUCCCACGUGACCGACAUUAUUAGCAACAAUAACUUGUCUCUUUUUCUGUGUUGGCAGACCACUGAAAGUAGUUUUUAGUAUUAUAAUAGUGAGAAGCAAAUUAUCAAGCUACACGACAAAAAAAGUCGUUUUUCGUAACAUAAGUUUGGACGGCGUAAUUUCCUCCUGUUGUACUGUAUUAACUUAGUCUGUAAAAUAUGUGGAAUGUGUGGUAAAAUAAAACUAAGUAUUUUUUCAAACAAGUUGGAAAACGAGUGCGUUAACCACACUUGGGACUGGCAUAAAACAAACCUAAUACAAGGCCACUAGAAGUCUUGGGCUGAUGUACCUUCCCAGCUGGUUCGAUGUCAAAACCAUUUUGUG